AUGCCUCAUUCCACGAGCUCGGGCUCCUAUGCCCGAGAAUCCUCCGUACCCCGAUCCAGUGCCAAGCAUCCAGACGACCAAGAGAAUGAUUCCGGCCUAGAGAAGUUUCCAGACCAUAUCGAUUCUCCGGCGAUGCGCGCCAAUGGUGCAAGAUCCAUGAGCCCUGCCGGGCUGAACGCAUAUGGGAUUGGGUUGAGUGGAGGAGCUCAGAUAAAUGGAGAUCGUUGGCAACCACGAAGGGACCUUUCUGCAUCAAGAGGUGUACGAUUUGGCUCCCCACUAGGUCCGUCAGCAGGCGUUCCUCGAGGCCACGGACGACAGAAGAGUAUUAGUGAAGCUUUCCGUACUAUCAGGGAUAGAAACGGCAGCGUUAGCCAGAAUGCCCAUGAAUUAGCAGAUGCGCUACGGGCACCUGUGUCCCCCAAGCUUAUUAUCCUCUGUAUUAUGUGGUAUAUGUCAUCUGCCUUGACAAAUACGUCUUCUAAGUCCAUCCUCAAUGCUUUCAACAAACCUGCCACCUUGACCAUGAUCCAAUUCUUCUUGGUCGCCUUUUACUGUCUCGCUUCCUCGUGGAUGGCCAGUGUAUUCCCUUCCCUACGAGAAUCGAUUCCAGCAUUAAAGAACCCAAUACGAUAUCCAUCGAGAGAUGUCAUUAUGACAACGCUCCCCUUAGCUGGAUUUCAGAUUGGUGGCCAUCUAUUGAGUUCCACGGCAACCUCUAAGAUUCCGGUAUCUAUGGUACACACUGUAAAGGGACUUUCACCAUUGUUCACCGUUUUCGCUUACCGGUUUAUAUUCGACAUACGAUAUCCGAGAGCUACAUAUUUUUCCCUGGUACCGCUUACACUAGGUGUGAUGCUCGCCUGUUCAUCGAACCACACCUUUAAAGGAGAGAUUGUAGGAAUUAUAUACGCUCUUUUAGCAACUAUUAUCUUCGUCACGCAGAAUAUCUUUUCUAAGAGGCUCUUUAACGAGGCUGCUAAGGCAGAGGCAGAUGGUUUAUCAGCAAAAUCCCGCAAGCUUGAUAAAUUAAACCUUCUAUGUUAUUCCUCUGGUCUUGCUUUUCUGUUGACGUCCCCAAUCUGGUUUUGGAGUGAAGGUAUCGGACUUAUUAGAGACGUCUACCAUGACGGUUCGGUAGAUCUCUCUUCACACCCCAAUAGCUUUGAUCAUGGGCGCUUAUCACUCGAAUUUCUAUUCAACGGCACUUUUCAUUUCGGACAAAAUAUCCUAGCUUUUGUCUUACUAUCGAUGGUAUCGCCCGUAACAUACUCGGUUGCGUCUCUUAUUAAGCGUGUGUGGGUUAUUACAGUCGCGAUUCUAUGGUUCCGCAACCCUACGACUCCAAUCCAGGCCGUAGGCAUUGCGUUGACAUUCCUUGGUCUCUACCUAUAUGAUCGGACGAACGAUAGCAACAAGGCCGACCGGCGCGCACGUCUUUUGAGUCAGAGUGCGGGAGGGGACCAACCACUGCUACCACUCAAUACGACCCAAAAUAAAACAGGCGUUUCUGGCCAAGCACCACAGAUUUUUGGGAGCCCGAUAUCUAUGUCUAACGGACCGACUCCUCAUCCUUAUACUAAUGGUCAUUCUUCGCAAACAAGCUCUGUAGCCGAUGAUUUUAAGAAAAGCGAUGAUGCCGGCAAAGGCAGACAAAGAGGUAGCAGUAACGCGGCUUGGUUGCCACCCGGUACUAGGCAGGAAGAAACUUGGAGAUACGAGGAUAGAGUUAGUGUUCGAUGA